UCUUGCAGGAAUGCAGCAAAUGUGAUCUCCUUGUCUGGUGUGUGACUUCAACAUGACUCAAUGCUGCUCUCAUGUGGUCAUUGAAAGUGACGUCACCGCAGCCACUUCAUUAGGGUCGAUCGUUACUGUGGUUAGCGGUUGCCAAGUUGCCACAGUCCGAGCGAGGUUGGAGCAUCUUCCGCACGCUUGCGGUGGCCUACUCGGCUCUACUAACUGUAACCCUUAAACUGGAUUAAAACGCACACAAAAGCCGCUGUGAUGCCUGCGAGUAAAAACCUACAAGGAGGCAAAGCCUUCGGGCAGUUAAAGGAGCAACAAAGGCAGAAACUAGAGGAAGUAAACCAGGAAUUCCUGGAGGACCAGAAGUACAGGGAUGAAGAAGACCUCGCAGAGAAGCUGGAGGGUUUCAAAAAUAAAUAUGCUGAAUUUGACCUGAAUGACCAAGGCGAGAUUGAUCUGAUGGGUCUCAAGCGGAUGAUGGAGAAGCUGGGCGUUCCCAAGACCCACUUGGAGCUGAAGAAAAUGAUCAUGGAGGUGACUGGCGGCAGCAGCAGCAAUACCAUCGACUACAGGGACUUUGUCAAGAUGAUGCUGGGCAAACGCUCGGCCGUGCUCAAACUAGUCCUGCUCUUCGAAGACAAAGCCAACGUGUCGGCGGCCUGCAAGUUGGACGGACCGCCUCCGAAGCGGGACAUUGCCAGCCUGCCUUAAACCUCCAGCCCUCCCCUUUCCUGCCUUUUGUAGGCUGCUUUCCAAUUUUCCUACCCCAACGGACCACAAUGGACUGAGGAGGGUAUUUUUGUGAUGUACGGUACGUGAAAGGUUGUCCGUUUGUAUUGCGUUAGGUGGAGCUCGUCGCUAAACGAUGUUUGACUGUGAAUAUUAUUCCUUUAGGUAAUAUGUAGCAUUUGUAGUGUACAUGUAAUUUCUUUGAUUUUUUUAUUAGUUGUCCAUUAAGGGAAGAGGCUUUUUAUUUUUCGACGAGCACGAGCAGCUUUCUUCAUCACAUUUCCGUGGCAAACUCGGGUCGACAUUUUUGAGAGAUUACCAUUUCCUGCGGAGCCGGGAACACUGAUCCGGAAUCAGUAACUAGCUUGUCGAGUCCACAAUCUGGACUUUGACUUGAAGUCAAGCACACGUGUAGAAAGGACCGUGAUUUACAGGUACAAAUGUAACAGUCAACAACAGUACAAUCAUGUUCUUUCCAAGUGCCUCCGUCCGGGAACAACAGGGAGUACGCGCGAAUGCGCGGGCCAAGCAGUAAAUAAGAACUCCAGAAAUCCAUAAAAAUGUCUUUUAUGUUGUACAACAUUUAUUUAGCAUUCGCAAGUGAUGGAUCCCACUUUUCCUUUUUUGAAAAGUCACUGUAUAAGUUGUUUACUGAAUGUUUAGGUUCAUUUUGCAUUGCGAGUUUUACACGUCAUGUAACUUUUUAAAGUGGUACCUAAAAGGUCUGGUCUGGAAUGGUACUCACAAUUUGUCUGGGAUAUUUGUUUGGCUUCAUGAUGAAAAUGUACGAUAACCUUUUACAGGGGAUCUUUAAUAUUGUUUUUCGUAUUUUAUUUUUUUGCACAAUUUGCUGCCAUGACAAUUUCUAGUGACGUCCUGUUUAAAGCUGUGUAAUGUAAUUGGCUGUCCAUCAAAAUGUGCGCCUCGUGAUAUGAAAACACUGAACGUGAGACAUUAAAACUUUGACAGGUGCUCAAAUUAAAUUGUACUGUGGUUUUAGUUCAUGUUGAACUUUGACCCUGUAUCCCAAUAUCUGACAUUUUGUGAGUAUUGUACUGAUUACAGGCUAUGCUUUACAUGGAAGAAUAAAGCAAGAAGCCCAUUUCCGGCUGUGGAUUUCAUGUUUUUUUUACAUGCUGGUGCCUCUUUCAGCCAGUGGGGAGUUGUUUUUGUUUUGGGGUAGUACUUUAUUUGACAGUGAGUUCAUAAGACCGUCAUAAGUUUGACAUGACACUCUCAUGAGCAUUAUUGAAUGCAUAUGACAGAUGUCAUGAAGUGUCAUCCGGCGAAUUAUGUCGCUUACUCCAUCCGCAUCUUUUUCGUCCAUUCAAAAGUGACACCAUGAAUUAUGUCACUUUUGAAUGGAUGUAAAAGAUGCGGACUGAACACAAAUGGAGUUGUGACAAUAUUUGCCGGAUGACACUUCAUGACAUCUGUCAUAAGCAUUCAUUAAUGCUCAUGGCAGUGUCAUGUCAUAAAUAUGAGUCUUAUGGUGCCACUGUCAAAUAAAGUACUACCAAAAAAAAUUCCCCACUGGCUGAAAGAGGCACCUGCAUGUUAAAAAAAAAAAAAAAAAAAAGUAAAAUAAAUAAAUAAAAAUUCACUUUUUUUUUUUGUGGCACGAAUGGGCUUCCAUAGUUUUAAGUUGCAACAGUUUUAUAAAUGUUUUAUGUUUUUAACCUCUUUUGAUAGAUUUGAAAACCAUAAUUGAUGUCACACAGGGUUUAUUAUUAUAAUUUCUAAAGACCUUGAAGGUACCACUCAGCUUUCACUUGAAUCGUCCUCUGUGUGCUGUGAUUUGUGCCUGUUUUCGGCAGUCUCUUCUCUUUUACCUCCACUCGCACUACUUCUACCUGUAAACGUGUCAUAUUUCCAGGCCCAUUUCACAUUGUUUUGUUUGCAAAGUGCUAGCUGUUUUAGCAUUGUUCAUUAAGAGGAUGCACAUUGUUCUUGUUGUUUUGCAGAACACCAAAGGAAUUAAAAUGUUCUUCUGAUACUGUGUUUAGUCUGGGAUG